AAAAAUGGAAAUGAUUAUUUGAUCUAAUGGAGUUGUGCGUAGCGUAGCUUCAAUGGUGGCAGAACAAUGUCGACUUCUUCUUCAUCUUUCCCUCGCACCAUCGUCUCCUACACUCUCUCAACGUCACUCUUCAUAGUCUUCUUCCUAUGCAGCGUCUUCCUCUUCACCCGACGCGCGCUCGAACCUUCUCUCUCUCCUUACCAAACCGACAUCCCUCUCCCCGAUCCACGCCCUCCCCCUCUCCACCUCCCUCCAAUCGAUCCUCUCCCUUCCAAAGAUGCCGACGCCGUGGAUACAAAUCCGAAGGAGGACAAAGGCGAUGAUGACGUCGUCGCGGUGAAUACAAAUCCGAAGGAUGCCGACGCCGUGAAUACAAAUCCGAAGGAGGACAAAGGCGAUGAUGACGUCGUCACCGUGAAUACAAAUCCGAAGGAGGACCAAGGCGAUUCCCGCGGCGAUGACGACGUCGUCGCGGUAAAUGCUAAGCUGAAAGCCGCGGAAGAUUCCGACGGCGCUGAACUCGCCGCGAAACCUGAUCCGAAAGAUGAAGGAGCCUCCCGCAACAACAACGAAGAGUCCGUCGUUGAGGAAAAAAAUGCUGAAUCUGCGGAGCAGCAGGCGGUAGUGGAGAAGUUGAGAGGCUGCGAUUUGUACAAGGGAUCGUGGGUGAAGGAUGAUGGUGACGAGUAUCCACUGUAUCAGGCUGGAUCGUGUCCUUAUGUAGACGAAGCUUUUGAUUGCCAGAGGAACGGGAGGCGCGAUUCCGACUAUCUCAAUUGGAGAUGGAAGCCUGACGGUUGUGACCUUCCACGGUUUAAUGCUACAGAUUUCUUAGUGAAGCUACGAGGUAAGAGUUUGAUGUUGGUUGGAGACUCGAUGAACCGUAACCAGUUUGAGUCAAUGCUUUGCGUUCUCCGAGAGGGUUUAUCUGAUAAGAGUAGGAUGUACGAGGUUCAUGGCCACAAUAUUACCAAGGGAAGAGGCUACUUUGUAUUCAAGUUUGAAGAUUACAACUGCACAGUAGAGUUUGUGAGGUCACAUUUUCUUGUGAGGGAAGGAGUUAGAGCUAAUGCUCAAGGAAAUACUAAUCCUACACUUUCGAUUGAUCGCAUUGACAAGUCAAACGCUCGAUGGAAGCGAGCCAACAUUCUUGUCUUCAACACCGGACAUUGGUGGGUUCAUGGAAAGACAGCCAGAGGGAAGAACUACUACAAAGAAGGUGACUUCAUCUACCCGAAGUUUGAUGCGACUGAAGCAUACAGAAGGGCGUUGAAGACUUGGGCAAAAUGGAUCGAUCAAAAUGUGAAUCCCCAAAAGCAGCUCGUAUUUUAUCGCGGAUACUCCUCUGCACAUUUUCGGGGAGGUGACUGGGACUCAGGAGGGUCAUGCAACGGGGAGAAGGAACCAGUAAAGAAAGGUUCAAUCCUAGAUUCCUAUCCUUUGAAAAUGAAGAUAGUGGAGGAAGCUAUUAAGGAGAUGCAAGUUCCUGUGAUUCUCCUAAACGUCACGAAGCUGACUAAUUUCCGCAAAGAUGGACAUCCUUCAAUCUACGGUAAGCCCAACAUGGAUGGUAAAAAAGUUUCGUCAAGGAAACAGGAUUGCAGCCACUGGUGUCUGCCUGGAGUUCCUGAUGUUUGGAACCAUCUCAUCUACGUGUCUUUGCUCCUUCAAGCACAGUCCUGAUAUAUAGUUUAGCUUUAUACUUUUGCCAAAUUAGAUAUGAAGAGAGAAGAGGAGAAACAAAAUGAUCUCGACUGUUAUGUUAGUGACUGCAGAUUUUGUUAAAGCUGAUAAUCUUCCUUUUUGAUGCCAAA